CGGCAAGUCACUCGUCUCAAAAUCAUGCAACACGUGCGUUUGUGUUUUGCUGAGAGUGAAAUUUAUUAAUUGUUGGACUAAUUUAUCUUCAAAAAAUAUUAAAAUUGUGCUGAAGGAAGGAUGGGGAGCGACACUGAUAGUGAUAGUGAGGCCCCAGAGGUAGUUUCUACCCACAAAGCAAAGACGGAGAGGGAACAAGAAAUUAUGGGCAUGUUUCUUCAAAAACGUAAGAUUCGCGAUGAACAAAAAUUGAAGCGCAAGGCCAAAGCAGAAAAAUUUGCGGCUCAGAAAAAGAAGAAGUUACGCCAACAGAAGCUGGAUGAGGAGCAUGAUGACCCCAGUCAUAUCCCUGGAGUCAACUUGGAUUCGAAUAAAGAAAUUUUGGUGGAAAAUGCUGUAGACACCAAUUUUCCCGACGACAUCGAUGAUGCCCUUUCCAGCUCCAAAAAGAAAAUCUCGAGAAAGUUUUAUCCAAAGUAUAAUGUCUCCGUUGACUCACUAACCAAAAUAUCUAAUCCUCGAGCCACAACUGCCUUGAAUUUUAAAGAGAAAAGACUUGCCCGAGCACAUAGGGAACAGGUUACGGUUGCCGUUUCAUCAUACAAAGAAAAAAUGCUUGUUAAGAAUAAAUAAAUAUCUAGAAUAGUUAUACAUAAAUUGACUUUUGAAUUAUACGAGAAAUGUGUGAAAAUGUGUAGUAUAGCCUCAUUAAUAUUUAUUUUGGAUAAAAAUGGUUGAACACGUACAGUAAAUGACUAAAUGACUUAACGUAUGUAUUGUGUAUAGUGGGAAGAAUCCAUGCAGGUUAUCAAAAACAAUCAGUUGCAUAAAACUACUGUUCAUGGCAUCCAAGUGCAGCGUUCGCUGAGCCAAAUUUCUCUAAAAGGUAGCUACUAUGUAAGUCCUUAUCUCAGCAAAGAACUUUGAAUUCUGACACCGAAAUAUUCUGUAAGGGAAUAACAUAAUAAAAAUUAAGAAAUUACACCUGAUUGAUAAC